AUGGCUGCACAGGCGGUGGCAGUGCCAGCAGCGGAGGGCCUGGCCCCGCGGGUGCCCGCGCUGAGUCCUUCGAGCCCUGCCACCCAGGGGCUCUCCAUCCUGACCCAGGACGUGCAGAGCCAGCUGAACAUGGGCCGCUUUGGAGGCGGGGCCCGCCUGCUGGCGGUGUCGCCAACAGAAUGCUCCGCCCAGGCCUACCUGGCAUUGGAGGCCACGCCGGGCGCCCAGUCCGCGGAGAACCGCUACCGGGUGACUCGCUGCCGCCACGAGGUGGAGCAGGGCUACGGGCUACGCCACGCUGCGCCCCUCUCCCCCGCAACCCCCGCUGUCCGACACCCCACCCCCCAGCUGCUGCAGGAGGUGUCGCAGGGCCUGUCGUGCAACCUCAAGUUCCUGACGGACGCAUGCGCCCUGGCCAGCGACAAGUCCCGGGACUUCGCACGAGCCGGAGAUGCGCUGGGGCCCGAGCCCACCUCGUGUGUCCAGUGUCUGCCCGGCUGCGUGCGGGAGGUCAAGGCGGCGCCCAGCCGCUGCGCCGUUCAGCGGGCGGUGGUGCAGGCGGUGGCACUGGUGGGCUUCGCCACGGAGCCGCAGUUCCUGGGUCACGCGGCCACCCUGGGCGGCGCCAGGGGCGUGGUGGCCUGCGUGCUCCGGCCCCGGUGCCUCAGGGACCUGGCGCAGCACCCCGAUGGGCGCCAAGAGGCCGGACCACAGGGAGAGCUGAGGAACUGGGCCUGCGCCGCUGAAGGCCGCACCCUGCUAUCUCAGGCUUUAAGGGAGAGGUCUUCGCCCGGGACUUCACUGCCAGUGAAUUCCAAUUCUGUGAAUUAG